CCUCCAGAAUCCCGGCAAGCAGCGGGGAGCACGGCAACUUCCUCACGGCUCAUGCGCAGAUACAGCCGCUGGUGAGACGGGACUUCAAAUUCACGAUUCGACUUGAUUUACUCCAACGGAUGACACUUAGGAGCGAUCUGGGAAGAAAGACUCCAUGAGGAGGAAUCAGAGACGGUUUGCCCUCCAUCAAGGCAGGACUACAACUCCCAGGGAGUCCCGCGGCGUGUAGACGGAACCGAACCCCGGAUAUUCCUUUCCUCACGGUUGUCCGGGUGAUACCGAAAGCCGGUUCUGGAUUGGCUGGAAACGUUGUCAAUCAUACAUUGACCUUCCGGUUGGUGAGUCGGGCCUCGACAGGGCGCCUGCGAAAAGCCGCCUGGUCAACAUGACCGGGUUAAGUCAGUUAGUGUAACUAGGUGAGCGGUAACUAGGGACGUGAGGGAGAAUGGAAGAGGGGGAGCUGAGCCCCCAGCUGGAGUUACACCAAGGCGAGGAGAUUGUGGAAGUGAUCGAACUGAAUCCCAACCAACAGCCGCAGGAGGAGGAUGACCUACUGAAUGAUGUGGAAGAAGAUGAUGAUGACGAUGAUGGGGAAUGGGAGACCGAAGAUGAUGAGAACAUGGAGGUGGUACGAGAUGACAGUGAUCUGACUUUCUCCAGGCACACAAAGGCAGUAUUCUGCUUGAGUUUGGACCCGAAGAGUAAUUCGUUGGCAGUGACUGGUGGUGAGGAUGAUACAGCCUUUGUGUGGAGAUUGGCUGAUGGUGAGGUGCUGCUAGAAUGUACAGGCCACAAAGAUUCUGUCAUCUCAGCCUCCUUCAGUCAUGACUCUGCUCUGGUUGUCACGGGAGACAUGAGUGGGCUGAUCAAAGUCUGGAAAGUUGAAACCAAGGAAGAAAUCUGGUCAUUUGAAGUAGGCGAUCUCCAGUGGGUAGAGUGGCACCCUUGUGCCCAUGUGCUGCUGGCUGGCACAGAUGAAGGCAGCUGUUGGAUGUGGAAAAUCCCCAGUGGGGAAUGCAAAACCUUUUCAGGCUCUGGAUGCCAAGCGACCUGUGGCAAGAUCCUCCCUGAUGGUUACCGUGCAGUCAUUGGCUAUGAAGAUGGAACAGUAAGAAUCUGGGAUCUGAAACAAGGACUGCAGCUUCACCUGGUGAAAGGGGAGGAUGGUCACCAGGGCCCCCUAACCUGUCUCUCUGUGAAUGAUACUGGGAGCCUGGUCUUGACAGGGUCUGUUGACUGCACAGCCAAACUCCUCAAUCCUCUCACCGGCAAGGUGGUUGCUGUCUUUUCAGUCCCAAAUGACACAAAAGAAUGUGUGGACAAAGAACAGAUGGAGGAUACCGAAUCCAGCUCCAAUUCUGUCGAGUCAGUGGGAUUUUGUCGGGUGCUUCCCUUGGUUGCUGUUGGAUUUUUGGAUGGUACCAUGGUGAUUUGGGAUAUCCCAUCACAGACAGUUCGACACAAGUGGCAGCUUCAGGCUGGUAUUGUGCAGCUGCUGUGGGAGGACCACUCAGCCAUCAUAUACACGGGGAGCCUUGAUGGAGCUGUGCGCAUCUGGGACGCCAGGUCAGGAAGAAUGGAGGGUGAAUGCUGCGGCCAUGCUGCAGAAAUCCUGGAUUUUAUGGUGAACAAGGAACUCCACGAAGCUGCGGUACCACUUGAAGUGAGUUCUUCAGGUAUCCUGACCCAAGAUCCUAUUUCCACAGCCACUUUCUUCUGCUUUGCAGCCGUGAUGGCAUUUCAAGAGACAAACUCAUCAGAGCAUCAGUGUAGAGGAGACAUUACACUCCCAAACGAUUUAAUAGACCGGUUAACAACACACUCCGCUCCAUUUUGAAUUUGUUUUAGUCUCUCAUGGGAUGUGGGCAUUGCUGGCUGCCAGCAUUUAUUGCCCCAUCCCUAGUUGUCCCUUGACAAGGGUUGUGAUGAGCUGUCUUCUUGAACCACUGCGUUCUAUGCACUGUAGGUUUACCCACAAUCCACCCCCAAGGGAAUUCCAGGAUUGUUACCCAGCAACAGCAAAGAAACGGUGAUAUAUUUCCAGGUCAGGAUGGUGAGUGGCUCGGAGGGGAACUUGCAGGGGGUGGUGUUCCCAUGUACCUGUUGCCCUUAAUCUUCUAGAUAGAAAUGGUUGUGGGUUUGGAAGGUGCUGUCUGAGCAUCUUUGGUGAGUAUCUGCGGUGCAACUUGAAGAUAGUCCAUAAAAACCCGAAAGAAAUGCGGAUGCUGUAAAUCAGAAACAAAAAUAGUUUCCCGGAAAAUCUCAGCAGGUCUCGCAGCAUUUGUGAAGAGAAGGUAGAGUUAACCUUUUGGGUCCAAUGACCCUCCCUCAAAACUGAUGGUAGCCAGGAAAAUGUCAAUUUAUGUGCAGAACAUAGGGUGGGGAGAGGGGAUAAUGAGAAAAUGAUAGGGUAGGAUAGAGCCCAAAGAGAGAUUGAUAAUGAUCCAGCUGGGAGGGUGAAUAGUUGUUAAUGGGGACUGUUAGUGACUAACAACAGGUAGUGUGUAGUGGCAGACUGUGUGAUAAGAAGGCCUGGUAUGUGGGGUGGGGACCGGGACAUGGGAGUGUUCAGCUCCUAGAAUUAUUGAACUCGAUAUUGAGUCCGGGGGGGCUGCAGGGUCCCCAAGCGGAAAAUGAGAUGUUGUUCCUCCAGCUUGGGCUGAGCUUCACUGGAACGAUGCAGCAAGCAUGAGACAGUGAUGUUGGCCAGGGAACAGGGCGGUGUGUUAAAGUGGCAGGCAACUGCAAUAACCGCCCCCAGAGGAUCCCCCUCGUUCUCACACACCACCCCACCAACCUCCAGAUACAACGCAUCAUCCUCCAACACUUCCGCCAUCUACAAUCCGACCCCACCACCCCAGGCAUUUUUCCAUCCCCACCCUUGUCUGCCUUCCAGAGAGACCACUCUCUCCGUGACUCCCUUGUUCGCUCCACACUCCCCUCCAACCCCACCACACCCGGCACCUUCCCCUGCAACCACGGGAAAUGCUACACCUGCCCCCACACCUCCCCCUCACCCCCAUCCCAGGCCCCAAGAUGACUUUCCACAUCAAGCAGAGGUUCACCUGCACAUCUGCCAAUGUAGUAUACUGUAUCGACUGUACCCGGUGUGGCUUUUUCUACAUUGGUGAAACCAAGCGGAAGCUUGGGGACCGCCUACCAACCUCAUCCCGCCUCCUUGACUUGUCUGUCCUCCCCAGACUGACCUAUUCCCUUCCCACCUCUACUCUCCUCUCCACCUAUCUUCUCCUCUAUCCAUCUUCGGUCCGCCUCCCCCUCUCUCCCUAUUUAUUUCAGAACCCUCUCCCCACCCCCUCUCUGAUGAAGGGUCUAGGCCCGAACCUUCAGCUUUUGUGCUCCUGAGAUGCUGCUUGGCCUGCUGUGUUCAUCCAGCUCCACACUUUGUUAUCUUGGAAGCUCAGGGUCUUAUUUUGGAGGCAGAACGUACGUUUCCCUAAAUAUAAAAGAGACCACACUGUGAGCAGCGAAUGCAGUAGACUAGAUUCUGGGAAGUGCAGAUGAAGUGCUGCUUCACCCGGAAGGUAUGGUUGGGCCGUUGGAUAUUGAGGAGGGAGGAAGUAAAUGGGCUGGUGUUGCACCUUCAGCAGGUGCAGAGAAAGGAGCCAUGGUGCUGAUUUUGGGGACUGUAAGGGGGGGUGUGUUUGGGGUGAAGGAAGUGUAGACCAGGGUGUCCCAGAGGGAAUGGUUCCUGUGGAAGGUGGACAGUGGAUGGGAGGGAAAUAUGUGUCAGGUGGUGGCAUCUCGCUGGAGGUGGUGGAAAUGAUGGCUAAUGAUCUUCUGGAUGUGGGUGCUGGUGGAAUGGUAGGUAAGGAUAUGGGGAACCCUAUUGCUGUUACGGGAGGGAAGAGAAGGGUUGAGGGCAGAAGUGUGGGAGAUGGGUUGGACCUGGUUGAAGGCCCUGCUGGGGAAUCCUCAGUUGAGGAAUAAGGUGGACAUUUCGGAAGCUCCCUUGUGGAAGUUGGCCUCAUCUGAACAUAUACAACGGAAACUGAGGAACUGAGAGAAUUGGAUAGAGUCUUUACAGAAAGCAGGGUGUGAGGCUGUAAAGCCCAGGUAGCUGUGGUAUUUGUUGGGUUUAUAGUGGAUAUUAGUGGCUAGUCUCUGCCCAGAAAUGGACUCAUGGCAGAAAUAUAUUGGCGGAGGCAAGGUAGCGCCAAAGAAUGGUGACAAAUUUCCAGCAGUGGUGACACAGUUCCAGGACAGGUCUGGGCCUGCGUACCUGGCGGUGAAGGUGUUCCAGUGGCACGCAGGAACCUGGGACACUGGAGUGUUCACAGACUGAGGGAUGGACUUUAUGGCUCAUUUUUCUGGUGGUGAGAGGUGGGAGAGUGAUCCGGAUGUUUUCUUUUGGCUGUUUCCUUUAUUCAUGCUUCUGUUUUUGUUGGUGGUGCCUCUUCACUGUAAUCCUGUACACAUGACAAUAAAAUCUAAAGCAUUAAAAGCAUCACCCAUCACUGAAUCCAGAAUUACCUGUUCCCUGGUGGGCUUCUACCACAAGCUGCUCCAAAAAACAUCUUGUAGACAUUCCACAAAUUCCUUUACUCGAGAUCCGCUAUCAACCUGAUUUUCCCAGUCCACCUGCAUAUUGAAGUCCCCAUGACUACUGCAGUAGUGUUUUUCUCACAUGCCUUUUGUGUCUCCUGAUUUAUUUUCUUCCCCAUAUCCUGACGACUGCUUGGAAGCCUGUACAUAACUCCCUCCAGGGCUAUUUCUUAUUUUGCAGUUCCAUAACCACCUACCAACUCUGAGCCACUUCUUGCUUUCGAUUUACCAACAAGGCAACCCUGCACAAACGACCCAUCUGCCUCUACUUUCAAUAGGACGUGUAUCCUUGGAUAGUUAGUUCUUAGCCAUAUCUCUGUGAUAGCCGCAACAUCGUUCCUGCCAAUUUCAAUCUGCGCUAAGGGUCGAGGUCCAAAACGUCAGCUUUCCUGCUCUUCUGAUGCUGCUUGGUCUGCUGUGUUCAUCCAGCUCCACACCUUGUUAUCUCUACAAGCUAAUUUACCCUGUUUUGUGUACUGCAUGUAUUUAAGUACGACACCCUCAGUCCUGCAUUGACUGACCCCCUUAUUUGCUGUGCCUGAGCUUAGAUUUCCUUACUGUAUGCUUUGUUAUUUGUUCUGACAGGGUGAAGUCGUGGUAAGGUCCCUGGACUAGUUAUCACAUGCCUCGGGCUCAUGGCCUGGGCUCAUGGAUUCAGAAGGAAGCUUUUUGGCCCAUUGUGUCCACACUGCCUCUUUGAGUGACAGUGAUGACUUUAGUGCUAUUCCAAAGAAAAGGAAUGCAUGGAAUGUUUGCAGGAUGGCUUUUUGGAACAGCUUGUGAUGGAGCCCACAAGGGAGCAGGCUAUUCUGGACUUAGUGCUAUGUAAUGAGCCUGACUUUAUAAAAGACCUUAAAGCAAGGGAACACUUAGGAGGCAGCGAUCAUAAUAUGGUAGAGUUCAGUCUGCAGUUUGAAAGAGAGAAAGCAAAAUCGGAUGCAAUGGUGUUACAGUUAAAUAAAGAUAAUUACAGGGGCGUGAGAGAGGAAUUGAUGAAAAUUGACUGGAAGCAGAGCCUAGCGGGAAGACAGUAGAGCAACAAUGGCAGGAGUUUCUGGGUGUAAUUGAGGACACAGAACAGAGGUUCAUUCCAAAGAAAAGAAAGAUUAUCCAGGGUGGGAUUAGACAGCCAUGGCUGACAAAGGAAGUCAGGAAAUAUAUCAAAAAAAAAGAGGCAGCCUAUAAAGUGGCCAAGAGCACUGGGAAAUCAGAAGAUUGGGAAGACUACGAAAACAAACAGAGGAUAACAAAGAGAGAAAUAAGGAAGGAGAGGAUCAAAUAUGAAGGUAGGCUAGCUAGUAAUAUUAGAAAUGAGAGUAAAAGCUCCUUUCAAUACAUAAGAAACAAACGAGAGGCAAAAGUAGACAUUGGGCUGCUCCAAAUUGAUGCUGGAAGGCUAGUGAUGGGAGAUAAGGAAAUAGCUGAAGAACUUAAUAAGUACUUUGCGUCAGUCUUCACAGUGGAAGACAUGAGUAGUAUGCCAACAAUUAGGGAGAGCUAGGGGGAAGAGUUGAGUAUGGUAGGCAUUACAAAAAAGAAAGUGCUAGAAAAGCUAAAAGGUCUAAAAAUUGAUAAAUCUCCUGGCCCCGAUGGGCUACAUCCUAGAUUUCUGAGGAAGGUGGCUGAGGAAAUAGCAGAGGCUUUGGUCAUGAUCUUUCAAAAGUCACUGGAGUCAGGGCAAGUCCCAGAUGAUUGGAAAAUUGCUGUUGUAACCCAUUUGUUUAAGAAAGAAUCAAGGCAAAAGAUGGAAAAUUAUAGGCCAAUUCGCCUAACCUCGUAGUUGGUAAAAUUCUAGGAUCCAUUGUCAAGGAUGAGGUUUCUAAAUUCCUGGAAGUGCAGGGUCAGAUUAGAACAAGUCAGCAUGGAUUUAGUAAGGGGAGGUCGUGCCUGACAAACCUGUUAGAAUUCUUUGAAGAGGUAACAAGUAUGUUAGACCAGGGAAACCCAGUAGAUGUUAUCUAUCUCGACUUCCAAAAGGACUUUGAUACGGUGCCUCACGGGAGGCUGCUGAGCAAGGUGAGGGCCCAUGGUGUUCAAGGUGAGCUACUGGCUUGGAUUGAGGAUUGGCUGUCUGAGAGAAGGCAGAGAGUUGGGAUAAAAGGCUCUUUUUCAGAAUGGCAACCGGUGCUGAGUGAUGUCCCGCAGAUUUCAGUGUUGGGGCCGCAGCUGUUCACCUUAUACAUUAAUGAUCUGGAUGAAGGGACUGGGGGCAUUCUGGCGAAGUUUGCCGAUGAUAUGAAGAUAGGUGGACAGGCAGGUAGUACUGAGGAGGUGGGGAAGCUGCAGAAAGAUUUAGACAGUUUAGGAGAGUGGUCCAGGAAAUGGCUGAUGAAAUUCAAUGUGAGCAAAUGUGAGGUUUUGCAUUUUGGAAAAAGAAUGCAGGCAUGGACUAUUUUCUAAGUGGUGAGAAAAUUCGCAGAGCAGAAGUACAAAGGGAUCUGGGAGUGUUGGUCCAGGAUUCUCUAAAGGUUAACUUGCAGGUAGAGUCCGUAAUUAAGAAAGCGAAUGUAAUGUUGUCGUUUAUCUCAAGAGGGUUGGAAUAUAAAAGCAGUGCUGUGCUUCUGAGGCUUUAUAAAGCUCUAGUUAGGCCCCAUUUAGAAUACUGUGUCCAAUUUUGGGCCCCACACCUCGGGAAGGACAUACCAGCCCUGGAGCGUGUCUAGCGGAGAUUCACAUGGAUGAUCCCUGAAAUGGUAGGUUUAACGUAUGAUGAACGGCUAAGGAUCCUGGGAUUGUACUCAUUAGAGUUUAGAAGGUUGAGGGGAGAUCUAAUAGAAACUUACAAGAUAAUGUACGGUUUAGAAGGGGUGGACGCUGGGAAGUUGUUUCCGUUAGGUGGGGAGACUAGGACCCGUGGGCACAGCCUUAAAAUUAGAGGGGGUAAAUUUAAAACUGAAAUGAGACGACAUUUCUUCAGCCAGAGAGUGGUGGGCUUGUGGAAUUCAUUGCCGUGGAGGCCGGGAUGUUGGAUGCCUUCAAGGCAGAGAUUGACAAAUUCUUGAUCUCACAAGGAAUCAAGGGUUACGGUGAGAGUGCAGGGAAGUGGAGUUGAAAUGCCCAUCAGCCAUAAAUGGCGGAGUGGACUUGAUGGGACGAAUGGCCUUACUUCCACUCCUAUGUCUUAUGGUCUUAUGGACCCUUCCUCAGUUCAGACUUGCUGAGUUUUUCCAGCAACUUUGUUUUUAUCCCUGGUUUACAGCAUCUGUAGUUCUUUCAGUUUUUGUUUAGUGUUAUUCUUGAUAGUGCAUUCCAGACCUGAAUACUUACUUUGAGCAUUUGCUCUCUUUUGCAAAUUACUGUGGUAAACCUUCAAACGUUUUAGAAUCUAAAGGAUUAAUCUUGUGAACAUUGAGAGAAAUAUCUGACCAUCAAUUUCGACAGGCUGAACUAAGCACUAACAUUCGUUCUAUUAACGUUCUGAUUGCUUGAUUCUGCCUCUAAGCAUGAUAGUUGAUGACUAGUUGGAUGUUAGCAAAAUUGCAUUCUGGUAUUUGUAGUUCCUCCUUUCUGCUCAUUGUCAUGUUGGCGGUCUACCUACUGGCACUGAGAUAUUCCAUACUAGGAGGUCUUGCUGACCUCAUUGGUUUAACUGUUUUCAUUCCUGCCGACUGCGGCCUCACCCGGAUGAAUGUCCUUCAGUCCACCACAUAAAACUCUACACAUUGCUCCAAAACUGAACAAUGAAUCCGAUCCAGCCAAUUGGUACCCUGUUAACAUCCUGUCAAAAUGGAAGUGGCAGCAUUGGGGUGAGGUCGUUCUGAAUGUGAAGUGGUGUCAAUUUGUACUCAAAUUUGAAUAAUUUUGGAUGUGAAUGUGAAUUAAUCUGCACUGGAGUUGUUCCAAAUGUGAGAGAGAAUCAAUCAGUCUGCACCAUUAGGAAUGGAUGUGGAGAUAAAUACUAUCUUGUGGCUGAAGGUAUAUCAGGCCCAAAGGAGGAUUGUUGAGGUCAAGAAUCAAUCAUUUCAGCUUGAGGAUGUCACCCAUUAGAAAUUGUCCCUCUGUAACUAGGGGCUGCUGCUUGAUGAGGCAGGAUGUCCUCAGUUUUGCACUAGAGUCUGGUACCCUCCUUCAGUAUUAUACUGGCUCAAGGUGCAUUUUAA